UGGGCUUCCCGCUCACGGGUGGGCGAGCUCGUUCUCCUGGGGUAGGGCGUGUCCCUCUGUGAGCCCUUCGGCGGCUGGGAGGGUGCGGCUCUGCCCUCGCUGCGGGAGGCAGAGCUCCCAAGUUGCUCUCUCUCUUUACAGCCGUGUCCUGCGGCCUCUCUCCCUUCCCUUCCGUACCAGCCGGCCGCGUGGCCCUGGGGGUUUUUUUCCACUUUGGGGCAGCUGCUUCCAGGUCCCUUGUGCAGCCCCGGUGAGCUCGGAAGUGACUCAGUAUGAACUGGGCACCUUUUGGUUGUACUUUGCAGGUCUGGGGUUUUGCAGCACAGAGAACAAGCUGCAUUAAUGUCACCUGUUCAUCCUUGUGGUGGAAACACCCUGAAAACCUUCGCCUGGCUGAGGCUGUGCUUUAGCUUCCAUGUUAGAUGGGUGUUUGUUAAAUGCCUUUUUACCCCUUGUCCUACCCAGUCCUUUCUUCCUGGACACUUCAGAGAUCUGGUGGCAAGACCCACCGUCCCUGGAAGCGGAGCUGGCAUCCUGGGACAUGGCAGAGGUGGCAUCUGUGUGUAAGGCAGCAGAUGAGAGCUCAAAUGCGAGCCCCCAAGAGGGGAACAGCACAAAGGAGCUGGGUGUUCUGGACCCGGAGCUGGAGGCCAUCAAAGCCAAACUGCGGGAGAUAGAGAAAGAGGAUGAGAGGUUGAAGGAGCUGCAGCUGGAAGCUGAGAACCACCUGUUCAUGAGCUCAGAAGCAGCUCUCUUCCCACUGAUGACCAAGGAGAAGGUGGAGGCUGACCAGCGUUCCAUCUACGUGGGCAACGUGGAUUACGGGGGCACAGCUGAAGAGCUGGAGUCUCACUUCAACAGCUGUGGGCACAUCAACCGGGUCACCAUCCUCUGUGACAAGUUCUCAGGCCACCCUAAAGGCUACGCCUACAUCGAGUUCGAGGAGCAGAGCUCCGUGAAGGCUGCAGUGGAGCUGGACGAGAGCGUGUUCAGGGGCCGUGUCAUCAAGGUGCUGCCCAAGAGGACCAACAUGCCCGGCAUCAGCAGCACCGACCGCGGGGGCUACCGGGGCUACUUCCCCACGCGGGCAGGGCUGGGCCGCUGGGGAGGCUACUACGGGGGGCAGCAGCCCAGGGUGCGAGGGAGGACCUACAGGGGUCGGGCAAGGCUGGUGCCUUGGUAUUUUCCAUACUAGAAAAGGCUGGACUGCCUGGUGAUGCCGAUGGGACUGAAACAAGGAGAUGGGAUUGGAGAGAUUUAAAAAUAUGCCUAUGGAAGCCAAAAAACAGAUUAAUUUUAAAAAUGCCAUCUGCCUGGCUGUGAGGAUUACUGAUGAGCCCUGUGCUGGGCUGCAGGAGGGAAGAUGGGAUCUGCUCCAGCCUGCGAGCAUCCCAGGAGAGCUCAUCCCACCUCAGCUCUGCCCCGGGGGGUUGCGUUUGUGUGGAGAGCAGGCUCAUUCCAGAGAACACAGUCCUGGGAAGGGAUGAGCCCUCCCAGACCAUCAAGUCUCCUUCUUUAUCCUGUGGAAAAGGGCUGUCCUGGAUCCUGGAGGGUUUGGUUUGGCUCCUGGCUCGCUGGAUGCCCUCCAUGCCACUGCUUGGCCGUGAACUUCCCUCAGCUCUUCCUACAGCAGCUGGAUGCUGCCUUCUCCUAAGGUUCUAAAAUCUCCUUUCUUUCCCAAAUGAGUGGAGAAAGUUUUGGGUUGCAGCUCCAGAUCCGAUUGCUGGGGAGCUUUUCCUUCACCAGCCCUGUGGAUGUGACCUUUCCCUUGGGAAGAAGGUGGAGCUUGAUGUGGUUUGGGUCUGGUUUUUAGCUCGCUGUGUUUGUACAUCCAGGAUAGGGAAAAAGUAUCCCUGGUUCCUCUGGAAGCCUCUAUCUCUGGUAGUUGAACAAGACCUGGGUCUCACAAAACCCUGCCCUUUUUUAAUUUGCGUGUUAGCAACCCCCUCUUCCCUCCCUCCUGCUUUUAUUCCAGAGCUCCAAGAAUCAAAGGGUGCUGCCAACUCCUCAUUUGACUUUUUCUCGCAGUAGCAGCAUUGCAAAAUCACCUUCACUGGUGCAAAUUUAGUCUGGUCUUUCUUUCUAUUCCCACCACCAUUCCUGCCCUGGAGUCACUUUGGGGAUGGUGUGAGCCCAGCUGGAUGCUCAGGACCAAAGAGCACCACCAGAGCUGGCUGCCAGGCAGGAAGGUUCCUGGCUCUUCCCUUUCUGCUGAUUUUAUGCUCAUGAGCUCUGAAGCCACGUGUUUUUAAAGGAGGAACUUUGUGUUAGAAGAGGCAGGCUGGGAACCCCAGCAGACAGCAUUCCAGGGGGAAGUUCUGCAUGGAAAUGGGUUUUAUUAUGUAAUUCUCCCACUAAUCUUUCAGGAUCCUUGGUUAGGAUUCUUCUAACCCAGAUGCAACAGAUGCAACUGACUCCUAAAGCAGCUUUUCACAGCUCAGGGGCAUUGCCAGGCUAAAAAUCCCACUGAUUUUUUUUUUUUUUUUAUUUCCUUUUAAGAUCUCUGGAAUUUUUUUUUUUUUAAGCUUGAGGCCUUAACUCUUCAUGUUGUGUUGAUGUUGUGCUCAGUGCUGCUGAGGCUGACCUUGUUUUGAGCUACCCUUAGGCUUAGACUAUAAACCAGCUUUUUCUAGGGCUUCUGUUUGAUAGGAUUAUGAUUUUUUUGAAACUUUUUAAUAAAAAUCUACUUUGGGGUGUUUGGACUCUCUUGUGGAACAGGCAACACGGAGCUCCUGUUUCUGUGUGUGAAAACAGCCAAGAUUUUUAGAUGAAAAUGUUUGAGGAUAGCAGUGCACAGCUGUGCCUUGUGGAGAUGCGGUGGGAGAGGCUUGAACCUCCCAAGAUUUUCCAGGUGGUUGUUGAUGAAAUGUACUUAAGUUCUUGUUGAGAAAGUAUUUGUAAUUGUUACUUUUAUUAACUGUUUUUUAUUUUUAAAAUAAAUGAUCCUGCUGUGUGAA